AUGCCCCCCAACCCCAUCCCGACAACCUUCCUCUCACGCAACAAUCUCCACCUAGCCGCCCAUCUGUACCCGCCCUGCCGCAAUGCCCCCUCCCGCGCCGGCGCCGCCAUCAUAAUCGCCCACCCGUGGACUUCCAUCAAAGAACAAUCCCCGGCCAACUACGCCCGCUACCUCUCCGCCGCCGGCUUCACCUGUCUAGCCUACGACGCCGCCCACCACGGCGAAUCCCCCGGCCACCCCCGCCACCUGGAAGACCCCUACCAGCGCGUCGAGGAGAUCAAGAACGCAGCCACCCACCUAGCCACCAACCUUUCCGACUCUGUCGACCCCCACCGCAUCGGCGUUCUAGGCAUCUGCGCCGCAGGCGGAUACGCCGCCUUCGCCGCGCAGACGGACCUGCGACUCCGGGCCGUGGCGACCAUCUCCGCAGCGUGCGUGGGGGAGUUAGUCCGGCGCGGGGGGUCUUUAUCCAAAGACACCGUCACCCCGGAAAUCCUGCAGACGCAACUUGCGCUAGCAGCAAAGGACCGCACUGCCAUGGACCUGCACCUCUCCAACCGAGCAGAAGGAAAUGUAGAUGAGGAUGAAGAUGUAGGUCUGGUGAGGAUGCUCCCGCAGCGCUACGAAGACCUACCCGCCGAUGCACCCCCGGCCAUGCGGGAUUUCGCGGCGUACUACUGCACCCCCCGGGGCUACCAUCCCCGGACGGAUGGGGUGGCGCGCGCGCGGAGCUGGGAUCUGAUGGCGAAUUUCGAGGCGUUUCAGUUCAUGGAUAGGGUCAGUCCAAGGCCGGUGUUGAUGGUUGUUGGGGAGAGGGCGGAGAGUCGGUGGGUGAGUGAGGCUGCUGUUGAGCGGGCGAGGGAGCCGAAGGAGGUGUUUGUGGUGGAGGGGAGGUCGCAUGCUGAUUUGUACGAUCGGGUCGAGGAGGAUGGGGUCGGGGAGAAGUUGGUGCAGUUUUUUAUAGGGGGGUUGGUGGGGGCUUAG